UUUAUUUUAUAAUUAUUUUUUGUUAAAGUUUUUUUUUUAUAAAGUUAGAGAAUAUAAUGUUUUCAUACAAUUGAUUUGGUGUAAAACUAUAUAUUUUUAAUUAGUCAAGUCACACCGUGCCCCCUCUGUUUGGUUGGUUACUGUAGCCUAAACACAAAUGGAUUCGGCAAACAUUGAAAGUUUGAGGAAAAUGGUGCUGGAUUGGGAGGGGAAGUCGGAAAAUGGCACCGGAGGGAGAAAUGGGGCCACAGCGGCUGGCCGGGGAUUAUUAGCCUGCGAAGAAUAUACAUUUCAAAAGUGGGAAAGGAAAAAUUUACAACAACCGUCAGGGUGUCAAUUUUGUAUUUUUUUUUUUGUUUUUUUCCCUUCAAAUUUGUAAUGCAAUUUUCGUUUGUUUUUUUUUAAGAAAAAAAACAAAAGUAAUAAAAAAUUGCGGUUUCAUUCAAAGCUCUCUGCUUCUGACAGCCCCAAUCAAUACGCAGAUUGGAGGAAAAAGCACCAUUGUUUACAUAACACACCUUGCGUCUCCACCCACCACCCACCCUCUCUGCGACCGUUGCUAGGAGCACUCAAGCAAAAAGCAAAGUUUAAUUUAGCCAUUCCUCCCCCGUGGGGUUGGUUCGCUCUAGUCUGAAGCUAUCGCUCUCAGCAAGCGGUGCGUCGUCGUCACCGGCAGUAUCGGCUUGAAUAAACAAAUGUAAAAGCUUGACUAGAGAAAUUAAAGGGUCUAAUGAGGAAAAUUGUUGAAAAUCUUUUUACUAAAUUUGUAGAACAAGAAAAUGCAAAAAGGAGAUAGAAACUUGCUUAUAAAAAUAUGAAAAAAUAUCAAAUGAAAUUUAUAAUGAAAACCAGUCUGCUGUGCCUGUGAGUGGGAAACCCUUUCAAAUGAAAACAUCAACGCUUGCGCCUACUGUGUUCUUUAUUUCGCGUGUGUGUGUGUGUUUGUGUCGCGUGUGGGAGUAUUUUUCCAGUCGCAAGCUGUGAGGCAAAUCGAAUCGAAAUUGAUCGCCCGGUCCCAACCCACCAGCCAUAACCAUUGAUUUCCCUCCGAGUUGGGGCAAUAAACAAAAAUCUAUUUUGCGCAAAUCUUCCAUUUCCGGACGCAGCAAGGACCAGCGCGGCGGAAGCAAGAGGGAAAAUGAAUGGCAAAGACGAAUCCUAAUAAGUCGCGUGUGAGCGGAAAACUAAACCCAAACAAAUCCCCUGAGGAAAAGCUAAGCCCGUAAUUAAAUAUAAAUCAACCCGAAAGCAACCCGCAACCUCGUUGGUUGGUGAGGGAAAUCAUCGCAGGAGGCCAAGACACGAAGGAGGUGGUGGAACAGCGUAAUUUUCCACCGAAAAAAAGCACUCUAAACAUGGCCGUCCCAUCGUCCUCGUCCCGCUCGAUGUGGGACGCCGUCACCAGUGGAACCGGCAGCCGGUGGACCCUGGGCACGCUGGUAUUGGUGCACCUGGCCGCGUACAACGAAUCCGGCGGCCCGGGCACCAUGAUCGGAAUGGCCGGUGCGGCCCUGUUUGCCGUCUUUGCAGGGGUGUGCAAAUCCAGCGUAAAGUCCCUGCAAAUGUACUACAUCCGGACGACCCACCGGGUGGACUUUUUCGUGCUCUUCCUAGCCAAGUGGAUGGAAAUUUUGGCCCUCUUUUCGGCGUGUGCCGUCCUCGUUCGCACCCUGAGUUCCUCCCUGGACGCCAUGACCGGUGGGCUGGCAAGAAUGUACAUUUUAGGUCGAAAUUCCCCGGAAAAUGAGCCCUGGCCAGACGUAAUCGGAGUGGUUGUCAUCUUUCUCAUCACCGGGAUGUUUAUGCUCGGGCUGGAAAACACCAAGAUCUUCACCCUGCUGAUGGUGGCCGGCGUGGUGACGGUGGCCACGAUUAUUGCCGUCAUAACCGGGCUCCGGGGGAACUUUGAGCUGUUUCGCAGUGAGGCCGUGCUGCCCAGGGGAGUGGCGGGGCUUCUCUCCGGUGCAGCCCUCACCAGCUUCAGCUUCUCGAGCGACGUCCUAAACGGCAAUUACUGCAAACGACUGUUGGGAUUUGCCGUCAUCUUCCUGGUGCUGCUCUCGAACGGACUAAUUGGUGCGUGCUUGACGGCGCUGAUAAAAUUCAGCACCGGCCACGAGUACGAGGCGGUUCCGAUGUUGGCCAUCCUCGAGAACAAAGACUUCCACAAGGCGAUUCCGGCGGUCGCUUGUCUGUUGGUGUUGACCUGUUCCGGUGCCCUGUUGGAGCUGUUCCCCGAGAUGUACAACCAGAUCGUGCAGCUGACCACGUCCGAUUGGAAGAUACUCGCGAAACAGAUUGGCUACGAGAACCGGGACAGUGGGAGUCCGAUUUUGGCGGUUUUUACUGGGGGUAGUUUGUGUGCCAUGUUGGCGUUUGCGUGUCCGUUGCAGAAUUUGGUGUAUAUUUUGGCCGCUAGUAAUCUGCUGGCAACGUUCCUGAGGGCGUUCUACUUGUUGUAUAUUCCAUUCCGGCCGCAAUACAUGGAGCAGCAGAACGACUCCUCCCUGGCCUACAGCCGGCUCAACACUUCCGCCAAACCACCGGCCAAGCCACCAUCCUCCUCCAGCAACGGCAAUGGCAGCGCCAGCAGCACUUCCCACAAAUCCAAGAAAUCCGUCUGGUUCUUCCGUAAACCCUCGUCGGGCUCCGUCCUGGCCGGAGGUCGCUCCAGCAAAACCCCAAACGGAGGCCCCCACGACCAGGAACACGAACGCGAAUGGCUUCUGCUCGGGGAACCUCCCUCCCCGAAGGCCCCGGACAGUCCGCCGUGCGUCGAGUCGACCAUCCUGUCGGACCAGGUGUCGGACAUUGAGUGCAUUGCGGCGUCGUUGGCCAAGCCGGAAAACACCGACAGUGACGAGGCGGAGGAGGACGAGGACAGUUCCACGGACAUCGAUGCCAUCGUGGACGAGUACCGGCAGAAGGUGAAAGUGUCCGCGGCAGGUCCGCUGGAUAGUAGCACGUUACGGCUUCCGACGACCACCAGCUGGAGGUUUACGGUGAUCUUGAUUGGGUUGAUUACGGUGGGGAGUGUGAUGACCGCGUGCGGGUUGAUGGUUUGGGAGACCAACACGGUUGUGGUGGGAAUUAAUGUGGUCUUUAUUCCGUCCGCCAUUUUGAUGCUGUUUCCGAGGUACGACCAGACGACCUCGACCACGCCCGCGGUGCUCACCUGUGUGAUUACGCUUCUUGGGGCGACUGUGCUGUUUGCCGCUUCCUUCGUGCUGUCAUGGCCUGCUCUGGCGCUGUGGUUCAUGGCGGGUCUCUUCCUCUUUAUCCGCUGCGACACGUGGUGCUGCCUGUGCCUGGAACGGCCCACCUCGCACGCCAUGCUGAUCGCUUCAUCUUCCGGCCCAACCAAGCGCACCAUCCGGGUGCCCCGCCCACCCAAGGGUUCCAUCAUCUCGACCCGGAUCGCCGGCCACAGCUGACACUCGGACACCUCCGAGAGUGAGUUUUUAGUGGAGGAUGACGACGAGGACGAGCAGGAAACGGUGGAGGAGUGGACCGACUGAUGGGUUUAGAGCUCGGGCGAGAGGAUUUUUUUUCUGUCAACAUUCUUGGUGGUUCGUGUCGUGACCCAAAAACCUUGAAACAAUCCGAUCCGAAAAAAAAACAGAAUGCGUGUUUGCUCUCCCCCGAAUGAAGUUUUGAAGUUUAGCUAAGUGUGAUUUUACAAUAAAAGAAACAUUAAAAUUAUAUUUGAAAAUGUGAUAAACAGCGAAAAUUUGUCUCUUCAAUGUCAAUUUUGAGUAAAAAAUAAUGUUAACGACUUAAGUGCAGCCACUUUAAUUGAAAUUAAAAAAAAAAAACGAAACAGAAAUCUAAUAAUUAUAUACGUGUAAGCAGAAAAAACCGAAGCAAGCAAGCAAUCAUUGCAAAAGAAGUAUUAUGCAAAGCAAAGUUAAACGCGGCUAAAAUGAUUUUAAUUAGAGUACCAAAUCACACAGGAAUAAACCAAACAAAAAAAAAAGCAAGAAGACGAGGUAGAUUCAGCGAUAGCAUUUUUAUACCGUUUUGCAGAGACUUAGAGUGUAGGUGCAAAUUUGCACACAGAAUGCUAUUUAUCAAAUUGGAAAAGAUUGUUUGAAAAAAAAAAUCUCACAGAAGAGCGGCCUUUCAGUAGGGUUUUAUAAAACCACAAAGUUACACACAGUCACAGUCAGUGCAGAGAAAACCAAAGAAAAGUAGUGUUAUUUUUUUAAAAAAGAAGCUUGCAAACUAAAACAUAAAUAACAAAGAAAAAUCAAAUGAAUGUGAUCGGAGCAGAGUGGGUUGAAAUCGAGUCCAAAGUCUUCUCAAAGCUGAACAAAAUGUUUCUGUUUUCUUCAUAUUUAAUCUACUUGAUGGUACUUUAAAAAAAAACACACAUACUGUAGACAGACGUUUAAAUGUUUUUCCUCGUUAAAAGCGACUUAUUGCUGUCUUUUUGAUCGUACCCCAUCGUCAUCAAACUUCACCAGAAGCGCAGUUUAUCCUAUUGUUUGUAACGAAACCACGACCCGUUAAUGUUGAUCAUCACUGUACAAUGUUUGGACGACAGAGUUAUUUGCGGAAAUGUGUGAUGUUGAAAACAAUAAAUAAGAAGAAAAA